AUGAAAAAACGCAGUUGUCUCUGCUCAUUUUCAUAUUCCAGAAAGAGGACCAUUUGCUGGACGGCCGGACAGAGGCCACCAAGAGAGGAGAUGCAUGAUAAAAAUUUCGUGAGAUUUACCAAAAAUAUUCCAAAACUGUGGCCUCAUGUAUACGGUACCCCAGUAUCAGAGAUUGGAGCACGGACACUCCAAAAGAACGGAAUGCGGGCGUUACGUGCGGGUCACAUGGACAUACACGAUCUCCAGAACAUUUCCAAGUGUCAAGAGCGCGAGAUCAAGGUUGCGUGUUCUAGCACGUGA